AUGAAUCCCGCCGCGGCAAAGCGUCUGACCAGCCUCACAGCGACCCUCGCGACCAUGUUGGGCAUGAGCUUCGGUUCUCUCCGAGGCAUCGGCAUGGUCGUCCUCCAGGCCCUGCGCGUCCUCACCAUCGUCACGCUGGCCGCCGUCGGUGCCUCGUGCUGGGUCCUCAUCAUCAAGGUCGACAAGGGCCGCGACACCUUUGUCUUCGAGUGCGCCUCUCACUUCUUCACGUCGAUGCUCUCCAUCGUCCUCAUCGUCGCCGAGGCCCCGCUCCUCAGCAUCAUCAAAGACUACUUCCGCAGCACGUGGCCGGUGCUCUCCAAGGAACAUGGGCUCGGCUGGCUCGGUUUCGCCAUGGUCGUCAUCGGCUGCAACAUGCUCGGCAACCUAAACCGGCCUGCCUACGACCCCGACAACAUGGGCCCCGAGUUCGCCAAGCUCGUCCUGGCGUCCUCGAUCCUCUCCAUCACGUUCGGAAUCAUCAACAUCCUCGCCGCACUGGUGUGGCGCGACGGCAAGGAGGGCAUCACCUCGCGAGACAUCCGGUCCGACGGCUCGCUCGCCGACUCCCACCGCGAGGCGCUCCCCGACUACGCCACCAGCACGCGGACCAACACGUCCCUACGAAACGAGAAGACGCGGAGCAAGUUCGUGUCCAUGUUUUGGAAAAAGGGCCCCGAUGGUGAGAAGCCCAGACCCCAGAUCAGCGGCCCUUUCCAGGCUCACCACGACGUCGAGCGUGACGCCGACGUGGAUGAGGACCGGAGGAGCCCCAUCGUGCCGGGGCUCAAGCGUCCUGCAACGGCGCUGCAUCCCAUGCACACUGGGCGCAGUAGUCUUUACUCCGCGGCGCACAUGUCUCGCUUCUAG